GCGCGUGACAGCCGAGGAAACCCGAGUAAACACACAGUAGUGACCUAACGGCCCUAACGGACCUAACGGCUCUAACCGACCUAACGGACCUAUCGGCUCUAACCGACCCAACCGUCCUACCGGACCUAACCGACCUAACGGCCGCCGGUGUCUCGUCUUGUCUCUCUGGAGGUUUAUCAUAUCAGGGAGAAGUUUCACCUGCCGUCGCUGAUGGAGACCAGACAACAAGAGUUGUACUCUGGUGUUCUGAGUGACGCAGUGGUGGACUGGGACAUGGGUCCUGGAGAGGAAUGGGUUAACUCAGCCACACACCAGGGAGAGCAGGGUUCGAAUCAGGGCGUGUUUUACCCCUCUGGCGAGGAAUCGGUUAGAAGGAGCUCAUAUGAUGACGACUUGACUGCGGUGGCACAAAAUGGGGAAAACCUCACAGAAUGGGGUAAAACUUCACCAUCAGGGGGCGAUCAGUGGGGUCAGACGUCUAUGUCCCACUCUGACAACUGGGUCAUGUCCACCACUUGGGAUAUGCAGCUGGACAGCACAGAGAGAGGACACCUCACUGCAGGUUAUCUGGACUCUGAGCCGCUGAGAGAGGCUGAUGAAGAUGCGGCGUCAGAAAUCAACUUAAACACCUCCACCAUGACGGAGGAGGAGAGAGAGGAGAUUCAACAAGAGUUACUUAAACUGGAAGAGGAGAUCAGCACGUUGAAGCAGGUUUUGUCGUCCAAAGAGAAGCAGCACGCAGAGCUCAAACAGAAACUGGGCAUGACUUCUCUGAACGAGCUCAAGAACAACUUCAGUAAAGGCUGGCACGACAUGCAGACCUCCACAGCCUAUAAGAAGACAUCAGAGACGCUUUCCACAGCCGGACAGAAAACAUCAGCCGCCUUCAGCACACUGGGCACUGCCAUCACCAGGAAGAUCGGGGACAUGAGCAUGGUCGGUCUAGAGUUACUGUUCCCUCGGAGGUCCAACUCUAUAGGCUACUCUAUCAGACACUCUAUGAGCAUGCCCACCAUGAGAAACUCUCCCAGCUUCAAGUCUUUUGAAGAGAAAGUCGAGACUACGGUGUCCACAAUCAAGACAAAGGUCGGCGGUCCGGAGACGGGAGGCAGCUUUGAGGAAGUCCUCUCCUCCGCGGCCAACGCCAGCUCUCAGGACACGCCCACUAACAACUUGACGGACAACUCCGAGAGAGCGUGUUAGAGCUGCAUCCACACCGUGAGGCGGAACUUAAACCCAGGAACUUUGUCACGUAUCUACUCAAUGCUCUGACUGAAAUGUUACUUUUUAUUUGAUCACACGUGUUAAGAUGCUUUUGCGAACAAUCCCCAUGUAACACUUGGAUGGAAUAUCCUGCAACCCCAACAUGCUUACACUUGAUAGAAAAUAUCUUGUUUGGACCAAAUUUAUCCUAAAUAUUCUAAAGCGGCAGUUGUCUACUUUUUUAUUUUGAAAGAUCAACACACCUAAUGUCAAAAGCACACCUACCUAGUAGAGGGCUAAUAAACAAAGUGAAAUUAUUCCACGUGCAACUAAAGUGGGUUUAAAGGAAGAAUCUGCUGACAACCUAGAUUACUUUAUUAAUUUCAUUAAGAGAUCAGAGCUGGUCGACCUUUUUGCUGAAGGACUCUUUUUCAGUUUGGUAGAUUUAACCAAUGAUAUGACAAAUGUAACCUGCCCUCUAGUGGCCUCCGAACCAUGUUAAACCACAAAUACUGAUCCAAUGGGGGUUGAAGCUAAGCCUUAGUUUAAAAAAAGGAGGAUGAGAAAAUUCCAAGUCAGCCUCCAGAAGACAGACCGAACCCAAACCCUGCAUUUCUUGUGUCACUUAAGUUGAGCGUCUCUCAUGGUUUGGCUCACGUACAGUAGUCACCCUCUCAUCACGAGGGAAAAAACCCAGCUGUCAAAUCACAACUGGAAUUCCUCAGACACACAAAUUAAUUCCAUCUUUUACUCUGUAAAUUCAACAUAAGGAAUCAAACCUCUACAUCGCUACAACUUUCAUACCAAAAACUACAUUUUUAGGUCAUUAAGACAGACUUUAUGUUACAUUUUUAACUACCUUGUACUUUUUACUAAAACAUAAAAAAAAAAAUGUACAUAUAAUACCCACGUUGAUGUGAUCAACCCAGAAGUCCUGGGUGAAUAUUUGUAAACUUGUAUAAAUGAUUUUACACGACCAAUUAAGAUUUUGUUACAGCACCUAAAAGGAUAUUUCAUGGGCUUAUUUUGCAAAUGCAGCCAGUCGUACCACUUUUUGAAAAUCCCAUCUGACUGUUAUACACAUUUCCGCUGCUGACAGUUUGAGUCGGGCCCUAUUUGAAUGCUGAAUCAUACUUAUAUGGUACGUGUAUUUAGUCUGUUGGACCUCACACAAAAUCUGAUUAAUCACUUUGGACAAUGCUGGAAAUAACAAAAACAAUAGUACACACACCAUUCUCUUAGAUGUUUUUUAACCCUGUGUUGAACUGCUGUACCUCAGAUUAGUGCUGGAUUCAUACAGGUAAAUAAAUCAUGACAUUUUAACCCUAAAAUGGUCCGGAUAAUGUAAAAGCUGAACUUUAUUGGAGGCCUAUUGCCUAUGUAACUGAUCCACAGUAUAACAUUGAUAUAACAUCAUAUUGCUGCUUGCUGUGGCUUCACAAAUAGGUAUGUUUUAACUCUUCCUGGUGCAGAACUAACCUGUUAAAUGCUGAAAGAAAACAUCACUUUUUACUGCUCAUGUUAUGAAAAAAGUUGGUGUCACGUUAAAGUACGGCCUCCGUGGCCCAUCAUUUAACUUUACCAUCAAAGUAACAUUCUGUUUUAAAUAGAUAACCUCUUUUGUGUUUCUCAUAUCGUCUUUCAGGUGUUGUAAGAUUUGAUCUUCUUUGCUGUGGUUUGUAAGAUAAAGGUUGCCAGGUCUGACCUAUUACCAAAUAACUGAGGCAUGUUUCGUCACUGGAAAAUUAACUGCAGAUAUAUUUUAUCUUUGUAUAUUGUGUUGGGUUGAAAUCAAACUGAACUCCAGUUAAAAGAACUUUCUACAAAAUGUUUUUACUAAAACUCAAAACACCCAAAGACAUAACUGUGACAUUCAAAUAAAAUAGCAUUGUAUGUAUAUGUGUAUUAAUCUGUAUUCAUACAAUUAAUUACACACCAUUAUACACUUUUUAUGGCUGAUGGAUCGAUAUUAAAGAUCGUUUAAACCAAACCAAAUAUCACAGAUGACUGUUUUUUUUUACAAUAAA